AGGGGCUUUUAAUUUGAAAUAGAUAUAGGAAGUGUGCAGUUUGAAAUGACGGCGCAAUGUAUUAACUUUAUCAAGGAAACGGGAGCAGAUAAAAAGUAAAAAUAUAUAAAUACAGAGGGAUUAAUAAAUAACGGCCUGUUUCUAAUGUAGUCUGUUUCAAAUGAAGCUGAUAGCCUCUGCAGUUGUGGUGAGUAAAAGCCACUAUUUUUUCAUUUUAAUUGUUUGCUAGCUUGAUGCUAAUGGCAGUAAUGUUACUCACCAGGUCUCUGCUGUUUCACACCAUCAUUUUUUCUUUUUUUUACUCCCUGUGGUAACAUCCCUACAGGUUAUAAAUAAAACCCAGGGCUGUUGCUGUCAUACAGUUUCCACGGCUGCAGAUCGCUCUGUGUUUCUAUUGGUCAAAGGCUGUGACGGGAGACGUUGUGAGCGACAAAAAGAAAAUCAGACAUGCUAGACUUUGUGUUGGGACAUCGUGAGGCAUCCCAGACGUUGUUGUCUACUACACAAGAUGAAACGAUGGAUUAUUGUGUAUGACACUCGUUGUCGUUCAAGAUCCGAGCCGACACGGUACGUUGCUGCGUUGGGCUGUAUUCGGGCUGAUAUCAAGUAGUGUGAACCAGGCGUAAGUCAUUUUUUGGGAUCUUCUGACAUGGUUGGCUGCUGCUUUGUAAUUGUUCAUGUUUCCAGAUGAGAGACAUUGCUGUAGAGUUUUUCAAAUGUAUUUUUUUUUUGUUGGCACUAUAAAGCCACCACAAGCCGAGGGGCCAUCUUGUUCCAGCAUGUUGGAGAGAUGACAGACAUCCCUACAGCCGAUAUCUCCAACACUCGGCAACUCGCACCAAAAACAUCUAGACUAAUAAACACCACAGCUGAGGUCUUCCUCUGACCCUCCGCAGCAACAUGAACACACCAGCCUCCAUCUUCAUCGUCCUGCUGUCUCUCCUCCUCCUCCUCCUCGCGUCCUCGGGUGAGACAGGAAGUCGGUGGACAGAUGAAACAGAGAGAAAGUCAGAGGACAGCAGAGAGCUGCUGCUCGUCCUUCAGAACGUUCUGGAGAAACUUCAGAACAGGAAGUCGUCGAAUUUGAACAGAAGACAGAGCCGCCUGCCCACCUGUGAGGCCAGGGCGUCCUGCUCGGUGAAGAAAGGUCCUCGCUUCGGUCAGCUGUGCGACUGUCCUCCAGGCUCCAGGUGUCACCUCUUCUUCCUCAGGUGUUUGUGACCUUCAUCACAUCAGAGCGUCACCAUCAUCCUCAUCAUCCUCCCUGUGUCUUAACUCCUCCAGAGUCCCUUCAUCAUGUAGUUUUUUGUUUUCAAUCCAGAAACACUGGAUACUACAUUUCCCAUGAUGCACCUGGAGUGUCUUUCAUUGGAGCCUAACACAGACUGUAAUGCUGCAAUCUGUUGUACUCGCAACUCAGAAAAAAACAGGAACGGUCAGUGAAGUCAGAAAUUUGAGCUCGAGUUUGUCGACAUAAACACACCUAAUGUCACAGCACCUGUUUACACAACAUUGAGCUGUUAGACGCUACUUUAAAGGUCCAGUGUGUUGGAUUUAAGGGGAUUUAUUGGCAGAGGAAGAGACCUCUGUGGAUAAUUUGGCUCCUGGUAAAAACCUCCUGAACAAUGAACACUGAAUAGAAUUCUAACCCGAAGUUUCAGCUGGUACAAUCUGCAGUCCUCACCACUAGAUGCCACUAAAUCCCCCUAAAUCGUACACACUGCUCCUUCAGUGAGAAGAGACGAACAAGACAGCUGAUUUAUCACGUAUGCCGUUUCGUUUUUGCUCUUGGCGUUGCAGUGAUUGAUGUCGGUCUUCUGUCGAUGCUCGUGAAGCUCAGAGACUUGACAUACAUACGUAUCGGAUAGUGGAAACUCCAACUUGGAAUUAUGGACUUCCGACUUGCAACGGAUUGCAGCAUUACACAUCUGUAGACCCUGAUGACAUCAAUGUGACAUCAUCAGA